UUUUGGAUAGUAUAUUUUACGACCUUCUCCCACUGUAUUCUCCCGCUCCCUUUUCCCACUGCCUUUUCCCACUGCCUUUUCCCACUGCCUUGGUAGUUGACAUUCUUUUCGCUUUUCGCUCCCUUCAUUGCUUAUGACAGUCGUUUAUUAUUUCUAACCUUAUACGUUCCUUACUUCAUACCAAUUACUUCAUACCAACCAUAAUGAAAACGUCGACAAUCGCCAUCCUGGCGGCCCUUGGGAGUCUUCAAACAGUUGUUGCUCAACUAAUCGCCGGUACACCGGUGUGGGUUGAUGCGACAACAUGUGACCCUUGGGCUAAGUCCAAUGGCUUUCCGGCUGCUGCUGGCCCUGGCGGCCUCUUCACUACUGCUGUUGGUAUCCUUGGUCAGAUUGCAGAUGCAAACUUGUAUCGUAUGAACCACCCUAGCAAACAGUCUCAGACGACACUCCCUGCCAAUGUUCUUGCUUGGGAGAGAUAUCGAUUGAAUUCAACAUACGGCGCUUUCUUCGGCAAUAAUACAGAUACGACACCUGUGGCGUUGGGCGUUUGGGAAGUGGUUUGGACCCUUUGGGGAAUACAAUAUCAAUGGGCUAGCACUUACAAGCCGUAUCUCUUCGUGAUGUGCGAUGAUGCCCCGUAUUUGUCGAAGAGCAGCAACGGCUCGCUUGUUUUCACGGACCCUUACAAUCAUGCCGCAGCCGAUUUCAGCAGGAACCCUACGUUAAAUCUUCAACUUCCCACCUCCGGAUGCGCGACAAACGGCCUGUCAGGAUAUAAGGUCGAGAAUUUUGAUAAUUGGACUCAAUAUCAUGUUUUCUGUACAAAGAACUUUAAUCUACCACUAGGGUUUACGAACAAGGGACCUGUUACAUUUGCUAGUGGCACGACGCUUGAAGCAGCGGGUAAGAGUUGGCUCGGCGCCCUUUACACGCAUGCCUUGUGGAGUGAUGGUUUUGGUGAUACUUCUACAUACCCUUCAGUACAUGGCGUUGCUGCAUCACACGCUAUAAGAAACAACCGGGAUUCUGUACUCAAUACCGACUCCAAUAAGUUUUUUAGUAUUGCCUUAAUGCUUGAUGGUUUAUUCUGGGGUUCCGGUGUUGGCCAGACGUCACAGCAGGAAUAUGCAAGUUUACAGAAAACUGCUGCUGGUAAAAAGCUAAUCUCUGCCUUCGGCCUUACUAAUAUUGCAGUGCCAGCUAGGGGUAUUACUUGGGCAUCAGGAUGGGCGGUACCCAAUAUGAACAACGAAGUUGUUCCCAUGCAGCCAAUCCCAACUGCUUAAAAGACCUAUAUUAUAACCUGUAAUAUACCAGGUUAUACUACACCAGCUAGUCCUUGGGAGAAUUAUACCACAGGGUCCUGACCUGUGAACGAAGAUUAGAUUCUGUAUGAUAGCUGUUUCUUAUUCUUUUACUUCUAGAGAUAAAUAACUUUUACUCUUCCUUUUAAAUAUAAU